AUGUCCGGAUCGUACUGCAGAAGUUUGUACCGGUUCAGCGGGGACCAGCACCAGCAGGGACUGGACUUCGAGGCCGGGGAGAUCAUUAAGGUGGUCCAGGUUCUGCCCGGAGGAUGGUGGGAGGGCGAGAAGGAUGGAGUCCGGGGUUGGUUCCCCUCCACCUACGUUCAGGUUCUGGAGAAAGCAGCAUCUCUGAGUCAGCUGCCCGUCGAAGACCUCAAAGACCCUCUUCCUCCUCACUGGAGAUGUUACAUGUCUCCACAAGGUCGGCGGUACUAUGUUGACACCACGACCAACGAAACAACGUGGGAGAGACCAUCCAGUACUCCAGGGACCCCCAAGAACUCCUUCAGACACAAGAGCUCUCUGCCAGCAGUGAAUGGAUUUCACUCCAGUGGUAGUCCCUCACAUCCUGUGGAGUCUUCACACAACAGUCUGGUCAGGAAGAGCAGCUCAGAGCUGCAGAGUCCGGGGUCAACGUCGCCUACCAGGAAACAAAACAAAGAGUCCACGGUCACGAUCAACUCUGUGACGUUUCCAUCAUUGGCCUUCAUGUCUGAACAACAGCUGCUGAAACCAAACGAAUGGAGCUACUGUGACUUUUUCUGGGCUGACAGGAAGGAUUCCCAGGGAAACGGCUGCAUCUCAGGAUUUGAAGUUUUGGUGCAGAAACAGCUGAAGGGUAAACAGAUGCAGAAAGAGAUGGCCGAGUUCAUACGAGAGAGGAUAAAGAUAGAAGAAGAGUACGCCAAGAAUCUUUCAAAGCUCUCCCAGAUUCAUCUUGGAGGACAGGAAGAAGGGACUUUGGGAGAAGCUUGGGCUCAGCUCAAAAAGAGCCUGGCAGACGAAGCCGAAGUUCAUCUGAAGUUUUCUUCAAAGCUCCAGAGUGAAGUGGAGAAACCUCUGCUGGUGUUCAGGGAGAACUUUAAGAAGGACAUGAAGAGGUUCGACCACCACAUCGCCGACCUCAGGAAGCAGCUUGUAGGUCGAUAUGCCACUGUGGAGAAGGCCCGUAAAGCUCUCAGUGACAGGCAGAAAGAGUUGGAGUUAAAGACCCAGCAGCUGGAGACGAAGCUCAGCAACAAGAACGAAGAAGAGAUCAAGAAGGCUCGCAGGAAGUCCACACAGGCAGGAGACGACCUGAUGCGCUGCGUCGACCUGUAUAACCAGUCCCAGUCCAAGUGGUUCGAGGAGAUGGUCACCACCAGCCUGGAGCUGGAGAGGUUGGAGAUGGAGCGAAUCGAGAUGAUCAGGCAGCACCUUUGUCAGUACACAACUCUUCGACACGAGACGGACAUGUUCAACCAAAGUACCGUGGAGCCGGUGGACCAGCUCCUGCAGAGUGUGGACUCGGCCAAAGACAGAGAACUGUGGGUGCGGGAGAACAAGACGGGUGAAAUCAGGCCGGUGGACAUAGAGAUCUGACCUCAGAGGUGUCUGAUGAGCAAAGAAACUGUGACCCAGAAGCUCCAGGUCUGAGGACGUGGCUGUUAGUGUAUGUCUGUGAUUCGGAUCAGUAACAACCCUAAACACUGAUCCAUACAUGACUCGCAACAAACGGAGGAACAGCUGGUUGCUCUCAUCCCUGCUGAGAUGAUGUCAGUUUUUGGGAGGAGUUUAAGCUUUGUUUUAACGAACUGAUUCCUAGUUCUGA